AUGUGGGUCAACAUCAGUGCACCCCCCUUUCUACUAACAGGCUUUCCAGGCCUGGAGAUAUUUCAUCCUUGGAUUUCCAUUGCUUUCUUUGUCAUCUAUGUCUCCAUACUCCUUGGCAAUGGCACUCUCCUCUUCCUUAUCAAAGAAGACCACACUCUCCAUGGACCUAUGUAUUACUUUCUAGCUAUCUUAGCGGCCACAGACCUAGGAGUGACUUUGACAACAAUGCCCACAGUACUUGGUGUCCUGUGGCUUAAUCACAGGAAUAUCAGCCAUGGAGCCUGCUUCUUUCAGGCUUAUCUCAUUCAUUCACUUUCAAUUGUGGAGUCUGGAGUCUUGCUUAUCAUGGCCUAUGAUCGCUUCAUUGCUAUCUGCAAUCCCCUGAGAUAUACCUCCAUUCUCACAAAUGAUAAAGUGAUUAAGAUAGGUCUAGGAGUUAUAAUGAGAGGAUUUAUACUUAUUGUUCCCAUAAUCAUUACCCUCCCACAAUUUCCCUACUGCCGAUCACAUGUUCUCUCCCAUGCCUUCUGCCUGCAUCAGGAUGUGAUUAAACUGGCUUGUGCAGACAUCACCUUUAACAGACUCUAUCCGAUAGUUUUGGUUUCAGUAACUGGUUUCUUGGAUUCUGUACUUAUCCUUAUUUCUUAUAUUCUAAUCCUAAAGACUGUUUUGGGAAUUGCUUCUGGUAAGGAACAAGUUAAGGCUCUCAAUACAUGUGUCUCCCAUAUUAGUUGUGUUCUGGUUUUUUAUGUCACUGUGACAGGACUGACCCUCAUUCAUAGAUUUGGCAAAUAUGUGCCACAUAUAGUACAUAUUAUAAUGAGUUAUGUCUAUUUCCUUUUCCCACCAUUUAUGAAUCCAAUAAUAUAUAGUAUUAAGACCAAGCAAAUACGAAAUGGGAUAAAACAUCUUUUCAAUAGAAUUGGAACCUGA